AGAUCCGCUUGCGCCGCCGAGCCCGCCUGCGCCCGGGAUGCUGCUUGCCGUCGCGGCCGGCGGGCGCCCAUGGCUGGCACCUGCGGCGCGGGGCCGGGUGCGGAGGGCCCCCGGGCGGCCGAGGGCGACGACGGCGACAGGUCGGAGGCCUCUGCGCCGUGCACGGAGGACUCCGACGAUCCAUUCGAGGAGGAACGCCGGAAGGCUGCUGGGCCCGCCGAGGACGGCUGCUAUUACGACGAUCCGCUCUGGUAUGGGAAGACGAAAGGACAGAUAGUGACGGCCACGGAGCUGGAGAAGGCCAACGGCAAUGCGGCCAGCCGUGAUGGUAUGCGCACCGGCUGCGACGCCGAUUGGAAGAGGGCGAACCGGUACUGGAAGAACGCCUUGCGUGGAACCCAGAAGCUGAAGGAUGCCGAGCUGGAGGUCCGGCUGCGAUUGAACCUAGCUCUGGGCUACGUGAGGCGAAAGAAGCCCGAGAAGGCCCUGGAUCACUGCAGGGAGAUAUUCACGGCGCAGCUGAUUGGUGCGGCCACUGACGAGCUUCGGGUGAAGGCGCACUACCGCAGCGCGGAGGCCCACGAAGUGGCUGGGGAGAUCUCGAAGGCGGUGGCCUGCCUGCGCGCCGCGCUCGAGAUCGAGCCCGGCAACGCCGGCUCGCGCGCCAAGCUGGCCGCGCUGAAGGGUGCGGAGCGGCAGCGCCGCGAGCGCGAGCGCGCGCUGUUCCGGGGCAGGCUGCCGGAGCCCGUGCUGGACCCCGACGCCCGCACCGCGGCCGCCAGGGCCGCGGAGGAGGACGGGUCGGAGCCGGAGCCCGGCGCCUCGGAGGCGGCUCCUGCGUCGCCUCGGCGUCGGCUCAGGAGGAGGAGGAGGCGGAGGACGACGACUCGGAGCCCGAGGAGGUCGACGAGGAGACUCGUCGCGAGCGCGAGGAGCAGAUGCGCAGGGUCAGCUCGCUCACCGACCGCGCGGCCGCCUCGCGGCUGGCGAGCUGCAUCGGCACUGGCCACAGCUGCAACAUCAGCGUCGGCAAGCCGGUGCAGUUCUACGGACACACGGAUCCGUCGAGCGAUGAAGACGAAGUUUAAGCAGGGCGACAAGGGCCACGACGACCGGCACCACAGCACACAGCUGUUCCAGGUCCCUCCAGCGGAGGUGCGAGACGGUGAUGCGGCUCAGCUGGUAGUCGUCGAGCUUGCGAGCGGUGGGACGGUUGGGACUGUACAAAUUUGCGUUUCCAACUGUUGAAUGGCCCCUUCCCUUUCACAUUCGAGUUCUGACCUUGUGGAUGGUCAGCGCCUGUGGAAGCACAUCUUUAUGCAAUACUGUCAGCGUCCACGUGCCUGUGGCGUGCGACUUGAGUGAGUGGUGAGUUUGUUCUCUCUUCCUCAUCCUCAUCAUUCCUGCCCGUCCUUGCCCUGUCCUCCCCCCCCCAUUCAUUUGCCCUGCCUCCCACAAAUAUACCCUCAAUUUGGAGGUGACGAGUCUAC